AUUAUUUUUUAAAUUAUUUCUUUUUCAAAUUUAAUUUUGCAAAUAUACUUUAUACUAAGAUAAUUCGCUAUAUCAUUAUAAUUUUGCCAAAGUACUAUUUUGAAACUAUUUGCGUAAACAGUUAUCAAUAUUUUACAAAAAGUUAAUAUUUUCACAUUUAAUUAAACAGCCUUAACCUAUUACAGCUAUUUAUCUAUAUAGCUCAUAGCUAGAUAAAUUUUUAAUGGCAAGAGGAUUUUCUUUAUCAAAUUGCCAUAUUAGAUACACUCUUUGACAUCAUUAUUAUUAAAUUGAUUCUCAAUUUCAUAUUAUUAUUCUUGUAAUAUAUUUGUGAUAUUAUUAUUCUCGUUCAACUUAAAACCGUAUUUUAAAACUGAACAAUUUUUUAGCGCGCAAUUUGGUGAACUUGAAAAUGUGUGUACAAAUCACAAAAAAUACCAGCACCAAGAUCUAUCUAUGACCGUUAAAACUUUUUAAUUAAUUGCGUUUUGUCGGUUUUUUAUAAAUAUACCUACGUAAUUGCAAAUUAUUUUAAUGUAAAAUUUUAUCACAUAAUUAAUAAAUGUUAUUCUGCCGAGGCAAAUGUUCUGCACUAACAUUUAUUUGUCUGAUCACAAAAUCAUAAUAACAUUUCGCGUCGUCAUGCUAAAAUGAAGAUAUAUAUAUAUAUGUGUUAUCUACGUUUUGAAUUUUUAUGGUAAUAAAAUUAAUGGAAUCGACUAAAGACGUCAUGAGCGAAAUCGACUGCUCGAGUGCAAUUAGGACGGAAAUGUCGAAACGUCGAUACUUUUGUUGGGCAUAUGCAAUCGAUAUGGAAUGUGUAUCGAUAUGGAAUAUGAAAAAUUUAACGACUGCGCACAAUUUAGUCUCAGCAUCGUAAAGAUAAUAAGCGCACGUUCCACCUUAAAUGCAAUCUUUUUAAAGUUCGGAUUGUAAAAUACAAUUUAUGUGAUAAUAAGUAUCUUCGUUUCAACCUUUUUUGACGACUUACUGAUAUUUUUCUUAUAUUUUUCUUUUUUUUAUUUUUCCACAGCGUUUACGAUACCGGAAACGAAUAUAAAAAGCUGAAAUUGAUAGAAUUUCAGCGCACUCAUAUUUCGAGAUACGGAAAAGUUAUUUAUGUAUAUACGUACGUGUUUUUUUAUAUUUCUGGCAUCGAAUAUUGAAAUGGACGAUAUACCGGUAUCAAUUUUUUAUACAGUUUAAUUAUUUAUCUUCCGCAUCUGUGUGUGUGUGUGUGUGUGUGUGUGUUUGUGUGUGUGUGUGUGCGCGCGCGCGCGCGUGUGUGUGCUUCAAUUCGCACAAGAAAAAAAAAACCAAUGCAAUGUUGAGCGAAUGAAAACGUUUCACGUACGUGUAGCAGAUACAAUGAAAUAAAGCUAUAGAAAUGAGCAAACAAGUCUACAACAAAUAACUUUUUUACUUUUAAAUUGAAGAGUAAAAGACAAGUGAUUAGUUGUCUUUCACUGUCCGCAAUUGUUUGUACCUUAUUUUUAUGUCAUUCUAUAUAUAAAACAAUCGGAUUAAAAUAAAUUGAAGCUUUAUAACUGCACAGUUCGGUGGAGUUAAUCAAAUAAAUAAAUUUUUUUCAAAGAUUGACUACAAAACUUUUUGAAGUCAAAAUAAAAAUUUUUAAUAAAUAUUUUAAUAAUACGUAAUUAAAGUAAAAAUUAAUGAUAAUUAUUAUGUAUUAAACAAAAGGCAUUUUUUCAUACAAAGCAAAGCUUCUAUUUAUAUAAAAAAUAAGGCAACAUGACUUUUUCAAUGUAUGUUUUUUAUAAUAAUAAUUAUAUAAUAAUUACAAAGUAAUCCCAAUUUAAUUCUUUCUUAAUUAAAAAAAAUAAAUAAAUUACUAAAUUCAAACCUUUCAUGGACCUAAUAAAUCUUAUUCUUAGUUCAAGUUUAACAAAAAGCAAUAUAAUAAACUCUAAACUGAAAGCAAUUCUCAACUUUUCAAGAUCAAUUGCAAGAUUGCGUCGUAAUGUAUCGCUAAAUAAGCUUCCACGAAUUCGUUUUAAAUCAUGCUUCUCCCAACGUGCUUAAACAUCGAUGCUUAGUUACAAUUACGUUCUAGAAAAUUGCACAGUUAAGCAUCGUACACACGGAUGUGCUCUUAUCAGCAUAUGUUAGCGUUACGAUCUUCGGCUACCAAGUGCUUCCGUGCGUAGCAAUCAUGUUAUUCAUGAAUCUGACUACAUUAGUGUCAUAAAAUGUGAUUACAUACAACGUGCUAACGGCGUGGUGGACAAAACAAGGUUCUUCACUAACGAGAAUUCGCCGACGACAGAAAAAAGUGUUAUGUCACUUAGAAGCGAAAAAACGAGUAUUAUACAUCGUUACUUAUUGUUAGAAGAAAAAUUGUCCUAUCAUUUGUUAAUGACAUCGACAACAUUGAUCAUGUGAUUGCGCUACAGACUACAUGAAUGACUUCAGACAUGGCACGGGCGAACGUAUAUCUGAUAAAACUCGUGUGUAUAUCGGUGGACGAAGGAUAACCAGUUCGCGCAUUGACACAUGUCGAACGAUGCCGACAAUAAUGGAUAGUGAAAAAUUCAUUAAAUUUACCAUAAAUGGAACGCCACAUACGAUAUCGGGAAAUAUACCGGCUGACACGUCCCUCAAUGUCUACAUUCGCGACUAUGCGAAACUCCGCGGCACAAAAGCGAUGUGCCACGAGGGUGGCUGCGGCGCCUGUAUCGUGGCUGCGGAAAUCAAGGGAGAGACAAUGGCUGUGAAUUCCUGCCUCAUACCGAUAUUAAUCUGCGACGGAUGGACAAUUCACACGAUCGAAGGUAUAGGAAAUAAACGGGAUGGUUAUCACUCAUUUCAAGCUGCACUCGCUGGAAAAAAUGGCUCGCAAUGUGGAUAUUGCUCUCCGGGCAUGGUAAUGAAUUUUUACAGCCUAGUGCAAAACAAGAAAUUGACUAUGCAGGAAAUUGAAAAUUCUUUUGGUAGUAACAUUUGUCGAUGUACAGGCUAUCGUCCUAUUUUAGACGCGUUUAAAGGAUUUGCCAGCGAUUCAACUCCACAAUUGGCAAAGGACAUUCGCGAUAUCGAGGAGAUUUACAAGGUGAAAACCUGCCCGAAGAACGGAAUGCCAUGCAGAAACGAUUGUGCCGAUAGACGUAUCUCAGAUGGAAAUACCGAAACGGUGGAUAUAAAAUUGGCGGACGGCGUGGAAUUCUAUAAAGUUUACUCAAUCGAGAACCUGUUCGCGGUAUUUCGACAGAUGCCGGAUGCAACUUAUAUACUACACGGAGGAAACACAGCGCACGGUGUUUAUCGUACGAGCAAAACCGACCUUCGCAUUGAUAUAAACGACAUCCCAGAUCUACGUCACAUCGAAAAGACUAACGAAUCUCUAACUCUCGGCGGAAACAUAUCCCUAACCACGGCGAUGGAGACCUUCUGGAAGUACUCGUCUGAGAACGGAUUCAAGUACUUGCACCAUCUGGCUCACCAUAUCGAUCUGAUCGCCAGUGUACCCGUGCGCAACAUGGGCAGCAUUGCUGGCAAUUUGAUGAUCAAGCACGCGCACCACGAGUUUCCGUCCGACCUGUUCUUAAUGCUGGAGACCGCCGGCACUCAAAUUCAUAUCCUCGAGGCACCGGGUGCCAAGAAUAGCAUGAUGCUACAGGACUUUUUGAAGAUAGACAUGCGCCACAAGAUCAUUUAUAGCGUGGUGUUGCCGGCACUAACCGACGAUUACGAAUACAGGUCGUACAAGAUCAUGCCUAGAGCUCAGAACGCCCACGCUCACGUCAACGCCGGCUUCCUCUUCAAACUCGACGGCGGCGGCAAGGUGCUGGAGAAACCUAACAUCCUCUUCGGUGGUAUCAACGAACAUUUCUUACACGCAACAGAGACGGAACAACUGCUGGUGGGUAAAUCUAUCCUUGACAAGCAAGUGGUAAAGACAGCCUUGGAAACGCUACAUAAUGAAUUGCAACCCGAUCACGUGCUGCCGGAUUAUUCGCCGGAAUUCCGCAAAACUCUCGCAGAAGGAUUAUUCUAUAAAUUUGUGUUGAGCGUUAAACCAGACAAUGUGAAUUCAAAAUUCCGUAGCGGAGGCACCAUAUUACAACGAGGCCUCUCUUCAGGUAUACAGGAUUAUGACACAGAUAAAAAUAUAUGGCCGGUAUCUAAACCCACGAUAAAGUUGGAGGCUAUCCAGCAAACAUCAGGCGAGGCUCAGUAUUGCAACGAUCUACCGCCGUAUCCCGGAGAAGUAUUUUGCGCUUUCGUACUUACGACUGUCGGUAACGGCAAGAUAGAAAGCAUAGAUGCGAGCAAGGCACUUGCUAUGAAGGGAGUAGUGGCAUUUUACAGCGCCAAAGACGUACCCGGCAAGAAUCUAUGUAUCUCAGCCGCCAGUCAAAUGACGAUGCUAAUAAACGAUGAGGUGUUGUUUGCCGAAAAUGACGUUCUCUACGCCGGUCAGCCGGUCGGCGUGAUUGCUGCCGAAACGCACAAUCUGGCCCAUGAAGCUGCAAAGUUAGUGGAGAUCAAAUAUACCGAAUCGCUUAAUAGGAAACCAGUGAUAAGUAUCGAGGAUGCACUCGCCACGAAAGACGAGUCCAGAUUCAUGCAGACCAUCAGUAUUCCAGCCAAAAAGAAAGGAAAUAAUGUUAAACAAACAAUAAAAGGCGUUUUCCAAUGCGGCAGCCAAUAUCACUACACCAUGGAGACUCAAUCCUGCGUAUGCAUUCCUACGGAGGAUGGUAUGGACGUCUAUCCAACAUCGCAGUGGAUUGAUCUUUCUCAAGUAUCGAUUGCGAAUUGUCUGGGUGUUAAGAACAAUAGCAUCAAUGUCCAGGUGAGGCGAAUUGGGGGAGGAUACGGAGCGAAAAUCUCGCGGAACGCAUUAAUCGCAUGUACCUGUGCAUUGGUGUGUCACAAACUGAAUCGCCCUGCGCGAUUAAUCGUAUCUCUCGAGAGCAAUAUGCAAUCACAGGGGAAAAGAGUUGCUACGCGCCAAGAAUACGAAGUCGCGGUAGACGACGAGGGAGUUAUUCAGUCUCUUGACUCGAAACAUUGGGGAAACGCCGGUUGCAACUUCAACGAUCCCGUCGCUUGGGUCACUGUACAUCAUACAAUAAGCUGUUACGCGAGCGACACUUGGACGAUGAAUGGAUUCGAGGCGCGAACCGAUUUACCAUCAAACACGUACUGUCGAGCGCCGGGAUCUACGGAAGGACUAGCCAUGAUCGAGAAUAUAAUGGAGCACAUUGCGGCAGCGACGAAAAAGGAUCCGGUACAAGUCAGAUUGGCGAAUAUGAACGACGUGGAUAAACCUCCGUUAGAAGCCAUGAUAAAGGAUUUGUCGAAGUCGGCUGAUUACGAGAUGCGGAAGCGGGCCGUUGAAACGUUCAACAACGAGAAUCGCUGGAAGAAAAAGGGUAUUGCCCUAGUACCAAUGAAGUAUCCAUUCCAAUACUGGGGUCAAUUUAAUGCUAUGGUGUCGGUAUGCGCUCGCGACGGUACGGUUUGCGUGACACACGGUGGAAUCGAGUGCGGCCAAGGUAUAAAUACCAAGGUCGCGCAAGUGGCAGCUUACGCUUUGGGUAUCGAUUUAAAUUUAGUUAACGUUAAACCAACCAAUAACAUAGUAACGCCCAACAACGCGGUUACCGGAGGCAGUGUUACUAGCGAAUCUUGUGCAUACGCCACUAUUCAGUGCUGCAAGGAAAUCCUGAAGAGACUCGAACCGAUAAAAAAUGAACUGAAGGACCCAAGCUGGCAGGAACUCGUUUUUACCGCAUAUCAAAAGGAUGUUGAUUUAUGCGCGCGUCAUAUGUACGCGCCUACGAAGGAUGAUACAAACAAACCUUACGCCAUUUAUGGUGUUACCAUUGCCGAAGUAGAGGUCGAUAUCUUGACCGGCCAGCACAUUAUCAGAAGGGUUGAUUUGAUGGAAGACGCUGGAACCAGCAUGAAUCCAGAAAUCGACAUCGGUCAGGUGGAGGGGGCUUUCGUGAUGGGAAUAGGGUACUGGACUUCUGAAGAACUGGUGUAUGAUCCUAAAACAGGAAUGUUAACUAAUGACAGAACCUGGAACUAUAAACCGCCAGGAGUAAAGGAUAUUCCUGAAGAUUUCCGUAUAUCUUUCCGUAGAAACGCACCUAAUCCAAUCGGUGUUCUUCGGUCAAAAGCGACCGGUGAACCUCCUCUUUGCAUGAGCUACGUAAUUCCAAUCGCGAUUCGUUACGCGUUGAAUUCCGCUAGAGCGGAUGCAGGACUUAAGGACGAAUGGUACCAAUUAGAUGGACCAUUCAACAACGAACGCAUACUUUUAAACAGUUUUACCAGCAAGGAUAACAUGGUGCUGUGAGAGUGAAAGUGAGAUUUGCAAAUAGAAUAUUUUUCUCUAAUUCUUAAGCUUACACUAAGAGAAAAGUUUUUUCGAGUUAAAAAUAUUUGUUUAGAUCGAAGAAAUUUUUGUAUUGUUAUACGAUAAAGAAAAGUUGAGCAACAUAGUAAUAUCACUUUAUUAAAUUAAAAGUCAAAUUAAAAGUCAAGUAAUAAAUGAUGGUAACAAACAUAUAAA